UUCGUUGCUAGACUUUGCCUGAAACUAGCUCUUAUUGACUUACUUCCUUCACCAUGGAAAUUGGGAAAGAGGAUGAGAUUGUGGACAUGUCAAUGUCACCCCCAUUAGUUGGUUCCACUAACAAUGACACUUGUCACAACAAAGACAUCAUGUCUCAGGCAUAUCUUCAAAAUAAGUACUCAGAGAUUGACAUAAAAAUUGAAGGUUCCAAUAUGGAACAAAAUCGCCCCCUCCCCAUAUUUCUCAAGUUUGAAAAUGUGGAGUAUAAGGUGAGAAAUAGAAAAGCAGGCUCUAGUAACCUUGUGAAAACAAUGGUGUCAAAGGUAUCCACACAACUCACUGUGGAAGAAGAUAGAUAUAAGAAAAUUUUGAAGGGCAUCACAGGAAGCAUAGGCCCCGGUGAAAUUCUUGCUCUGAUGGGUCCUUCUGGCAGUGGGAAGACAACCUUGUUGAGAGUCAUAGGAGGAAGAAUAGUUGACAAUGUAAAGGGAAAAGUAACAUACAAUGAUGUUCGUUUUACUCCAGCUGUCAAGAGGAGGAUUGGAUUUGUGACACAAGAGGAUGUGCUUUACCCACAAUUAACUGUUGAAGAAACUUUAGUCUUCUCUGCACUCUUGAGGCUGCCAACCAAUAUGAGCAAGCAGCAAAAAUAUGCAAAAGUGAAUACAACUAUCAAGGAGCUAGGCCUUGAAAGAUGCCGCCACACAAAAAUAGUUGGAGGAUAUCUCAAAGGCAUAUCAGGAGGAGAAAGGAAGAGAACCUGCAUAGGCUAUGAAAUUCUUGUUGAUCCUUCACUGUUGCUACUUGAUGAACCAACUUCUGGCCUUGAUUCCACCGCAGCAAACAAACUCCUUCUCACACUUCAAGGACUUGCUAAGGCUGGAAGGACUAUAAUUACAACAAUACAUCAGCCAUCCAGCAGAAUCUUUCAUAUGUUCGACAAACUUCUUCUAAUAUCAGAAGGCUAUCCUGUUUACUAUGGAAAGGCUAAGGACACAAUGGAGUACUUUUCAUCCUUGAGAUUCACCCCACAAAUUCCAAUGAAUCCUGCAGAGUUCUUGCUUGACUUGGCAACUGGACAAGUGAAUGACAUAAGUGUUCCAACUGAUAUCUUGCAAGAUCAAGAAUCUUCUGACCCUUCAAAAGUUGUUAUUGAAUAUCUACAACUCAAAUACAAAACUCUACUGGAACCAAAAGAAAAAGAAGAGAACCAUAGAGGAGCAAACACACCAAAACAUCUUCAACAAGCCAUUCAGGUUAAGAAGGAGUGGACAUUGAGUUGGUUGGACCAAUUUGAUAUUCUUUCCAGGAGAACAUUCAAAAUACGAUGCAAGGACUAUUUUGAUAAGCUAAGACUAGUUCAAGCACUUGGUAUUGCACUUUUGUUAGGGCUCCUUUGGUGGAAAUCUUCAACCAACACUGAAGCUCAACUCAGAGAUCAGGUUGGUUUGGCUUUCUACAUCUGUAUAUUCUGGACAUCUUCAAGUAUUUUUGGAGCAGUCUAUGUCUUUCCAUUUGAGAAGUACUACUUGAUAAAAGAAAGGAAAGCUGACAUGUAUAGACUAAGUGUAUACUAUGCAUGUAGCACUAUAUGUGACAUGGUGGCACAUGUUUUGUAUCCUACAUUUUUCAUGGUCAUCUUGUACUUCAUGGCUGGCUUUAAGAGGACUGUUGCUUGCUUCUUCCUGACACUAUUCAGUAUUCUGUUAAUUGCCAUAACAAGUCAAGGGGCAGGAGAACUAUUUGGAGCUGCAAUUAUGAGUGUUCAAAGAGCAGGGACAGCUGCUUCUUUAAUACUAAUGUUAUUCCUUCUCACAGGUGGCUACUAUGUCCAGCACAUACCAAAGUUCAUGAAGUGGUUGAAGUAUUUGUCCUUCAUGUACUAUGGCUUCAGGCUUCUUCUAAAAGUGCAGUAUUCAGGUGACCAAUUAUAUGAUUGUGAAAGCAAGGGAGGGUGCAGGACCCUGCAGAGUUCACCUACAUUUGGCAUUGUAAACUUGAAAGGUGGAUUAAAAGAAGUGUGGAUUCUGCUAGCUAUGGCCUUAGUCUUUCGAUUGUUAGCUUACUUGUGCCUUCGUAGAAGAAUUGAUCAUUCCAACUAAUCUAUAAUGGAAUUCAUUGCUUUAGAUCUAAGUAAUUUACUACAGUAGGAUUUGAGAGAAGAAAUAAUA